AGUAGUAGUUGUUAUGAAUGAUAAUCCAAUAAUUGCUAAAAAAAAAUGUAGCGGAUAAUCAAAAAGCUCAAUUUCAUCGAUAUAUGUCUCAAAGGGUAAAAGAGUUAUGUACCUAAUGAAAGAAAUUAUUAGGUUAGAGUUGUAUUAUUUUGUAUACACAACUACUAAAAUUCUCCGCUAGAGUCUCAAUCUUAAGUCUUGCGACGCCGUAUGUCGUAGUAUAAUCUUAUAUCUAUUAUCUAUUAUCUACUGUAAAAGUUAAUAAAUAAUGCUGCUGAUUCAAGAGGACAGACAGUAAACAGUGAGCUAUAUUUUAUCAUACAUUACAUUAAGAAAAUAGAUGUCUUAUGUCUAGCAGUACCAGCAACAUUUCACUAUGUCAGACCAGCGGGUGAGUAAAGUUGUAGACGAAGCGUUCAACCUUGAAUCGAAGUCAAAUUCACCUGUAAAUAUAAAUAAAGACCUAAUAGAAGAUAUUAUUGGUACUGUAAGUCAACCUGAGAAUUCCCCGGAAUCAUUAGAUACUAAAGAUAAUCAUGUUACUACUGAGAAAACAAACGAAGUUGACAACAGUGAACAAACAAAUUCAAAGAAAUCGAGAGAGUUAAAAUUGUUACUAGCACUUUCCAAAGAAGCUAAUCUUGAUACGAACAUAUCGCAUAAAAGAAAUUCAUUGGAAGGAAAUAAAAUCAAGGCUAAAGAUCAUUGUAAGACUAUUAGUUCUGCGUUAGAUACUGAAUUAAAACGGGUACCAAAAGUGGCUCACGAAAAUAGAAACUUCAGAUACCCGGUAACUGCAGAAUCCGAAUUGGAAUUAGACAUUUCUGAUAAUGAUAAGAAAUACUUGACAGACAAUUCCAAUAAAGCCUCAAAAAGGAAAAGGGAUGAUUUAAAUGAGGUUAGCAUAGGUGGCGCCACAGAAGAAUUUGGUAAAAAGAAUAAAAAAUCACUCUCAAGUGAUAUGGCUAAAUUUAAGCAAAAUAAGGAUGUGUUCUGUUGGAGGUGCCACAGAGAAGCUGUCAAUAUAGCAUGUGAGACUUGCCCCCGCUCGUAUCAUCAGAAAUGUUUAAAACAAACUAUAAAUGAUACAGAACACUGGCCAUGCCCUGAAUGUGUUUCAAUUUUAAAAGCAGAAAGCACUCAAACAAGGUCUACUGCUAUGAAAGGAAUGACUCUAGAACAUUUAUGUAGUUUGCUCAAAUUUGCAGUAAACAGAAUGAUUCAAUGUCAGGGGUCAGAACCAUUCCUACAUCCUGUAAAUGAUAGUGAAUUUCCGGACUAUAAAAAUUAUAUCGUUCAACCCAUGGAUUUAACAAAAAUGGAGAAAAAUAUCAAGGGGAAUUUGUAUGGAAGCACACAAGCGUUUGAGGCAGAUGCAAAAUGGCUAUUACAUAAUAGUAUUAUAUACAAUUCAUAUCAGUCAAAAUUAACAUCAGCAGCCAAAAGUAUUAUCAAGAUUUGUAAGCAAGAAAUGGCAGAAAUAGAAAAUUGUCCCUCGUGUUACUUGAAUGCCAAUACAAAAAAGAACACCUGGUUUGUUGAAGUUUGCCCUAAGCCACAUUUAUUGGUUUGGGCAAAAUUAAAAGGUUUUCCAUUUUGGCCAGCUAAGGCAAUGUGUACCAACACAUCAGGAAUGGUAGAUGUCCGAUUUUUUGGGGCCCACGAUAGAGCUUGGGUGCAUUACAAAGAAUGUUACCUUUUCUCUGAAAAAGACCCUAAUACUUUUAAGCAAAAGAGAUAUGAUAUCGAAAAAUGUAUUGACGAGUUGAAUAUAUACAUUGAGAAUCUCAAAAAGAUAUAUGGAGAAUUCAAAUAUGCACCAUACAAAACACUACUAGAGCCCGAUAACGAAACUAAACAGCUACAAAUAUUUUUACCAAAAUAUAAAACUCCUUCUCGAAAAAAAAAUAAAAUUGAUAACAUUAACAGUAAAGUUAAUUUUAUAGAGGAUAAGAAAGAGAAAAAAGUGAUAGCAGAUAAUACUUCAGAAGUUGGGAAUGAUAAAACUAAUUCACCAGAGGAAAAUAAAAAGGAUGAUGAAAAUAAAACUCAAUCAGUAACGCAACAACAAAAUAAUAUCGAAAUGGAGAAAACUGUUUCAGAUGUUAAAAAUAACGAUCCCGAUAUUAAUCAAAAUGGCACAGACAUGAACGUAAAUGGGUCUGAUGCAUCAUAUAGUGUUAGUAAAUUCGACGAUGAUGCUAUUAUGGAGGGGUAUGGUACUGAUGAUGAUACAAAUACUGAAAUUGAUUUAGAACGAAGAAAAAAUUUCAUUGGCAAGACUACUGAAAAAGCGAAAGAGACGAUUGAGGAAAUAACGCAAGAAGAGGAAGAAGAGGAUGACACUCAAGUGCCAAGUAAUAUUUCAGUUGAUAGUUCCAAUAUAAAAGAGAGUGAGAGAAAACAGGAAUGUGUUCCAGAUAACGAGCCUUUGGCCAGACGAAUAUCUGAUGCCAUUUACAACCAAAAACGUCAGUCUACUGAAGACGUGAUACAAUCGUCACAAAAAAUAGCUAGAAGGAACAGCGAUUUAAGUGUAAAAAGUGAUUCAGCUCUAAUGCCCAGCAUAUCAGAAAAAAUUAAUAGGGUUGACAUUUCCGAGAAUAUGGAGAUUACACUCGGUAAUGACGAUAUAGGUUGCAUCAGUAUUUCGGAAAACAUAUCUUCAAAUUCAAGUGACAGUGAGUUAUCCAGAUCAGAAAUUGAACAAAGCAAAAGGAAACCUGUUCAGGUUGAUAUCGAAAAUGCAGAAUUCACAAUCUCUCCUACAAAUAAACUUAAGAUAUCAGAUAAAUUGAUCAAACGGUUAUCUGAUUCAGACAAAAAUGCAGAUUCUAAGAUAGAAGAAGCCAGGAGAAAUAUUAAUGACAAAAAAUCGCCAACAGACAUACUUAUUGAGAAAUUUAGGCACGUAGUUGAUCAUGAAAUAGUAGAUUUUAGCCAGCCCAGUACUUCGUCAGUAGAAGACAGUGAUAAAUCUUGCAAUUCCAAUAGUGAAUGCCUUGAUCCGUCAACUAAAACAUGUGAUCUAAGAGAGAUUAGUGUUGGCGAUAAUACAACAGAAACUGCUCCUUCACCAAUCACAAAUGAAGAUAUUUUGGUUCAAAGCAACUGUGAUAAUAUAACCCAGAACAAAGAUGAAGCUGAUCAUGAACCAAAAAUUAUUAGCAUUACAGAUAAUAUUAUAGAUAUAGCUGCUAAAAAGUAUGAUUUAGCUGAGAAAAUUGAUGAGACACCUUUAGAUCCCAAACAAGAUGAUAUCGAGAAGGAAUAUAGUAAAAUUGAAAUUAAUGUGGAAUCAAAAAAAUCUGACAAUUUCAAUGGAGAACUGGUGGUGUCACCUAAAGACAAUGAAGCUUCGGAAUUACAACCCUCUGAAGAACUGCCAAGAAAACAAAGAGCUUUAAUUCAACCUUCCAUAACUGAAUUUACCAUUUCCUCAACAAACACGCCAGCUUUAAAUGGAAAGAGUAAUUCCAGUGGAACUGAAGAUAAUGCAAACGCUAAUUUUUCCGUUACUGACAAACCUACACCACAGAAUGAAAAAAUGAUUCAUCCUGAAGUAUUAAAUAUUAUAGAAGAGUUUGAGGAUAGUGAAGAAGUAGAAGAGUUGGAAGAUAUUGAAAUAGACAAGAACAACAUUUUUAAUAUUAUACAUUCUUCUUUGAAUGAAGCCAAGUCUAUAGAAGCUGAUAAACAAGGCAGGACAUAUUCCAAUGAAAAUAACACCUUGUUAAAUUCAAAAAUGCUUAGUAGAAAACGGAAAGUUAUUUCUAACGAAAACUCAACUCAAGCUAAAUUAGUCAAACUGGUCCCCAUUGAAACUAUAUUAAACAAAUCCAAAGAGAAAGAAAUUUCUAAUAGUCCUUUACUGCAAAAGUCCCUGCAAGGCAAGAAAAUGAUACGUAAACCGUCCUCUUCAAGUUCAACACCAAUGAGCUCAGUUAGCAGACAGAGUUCCGUUCAAGAAAUCCUAACUGAGGAUAUUAAAAGUGAACCAGAGACAGAUGAUGAUUUUAGUGAGUCUGAAAACUUAGAGGCUAAGAGAAAGUAUUUGUCAGCUUUAAAUAUAUCUGAAAAAAUAAACGAUCCUAAUAAAAAACAAGGCAAUGCGAUCAGAACCCGAUCUAAAACGGAGGAGAAGAGAGAGAAAUUUAAAAAGCUGGAUAAUUUAACGAGAAUAAUCGAUGAUGUAGCAAUGAACUUUAGUGCCAGUAGUGACAGACUGGAAUUGGGUACCCAAAACUUGGAUGUACGACAAAGUGUUUCUAAUUCCCUUGAAGGAGAAAUUUUUGUUAAAUCUUUUGCAAAAAUGACACCGUACAAACCGAGAGCUAGAAAAUCCUUUCCUACACCUACUUAUAUAAAACCUAAUGUUCAGCCUAAACUUAGUAGCCAAGUUAGUUUACUAAAAAAAGAUACCUUCCCAAAUAAUGCUGCACCCAAAAAAGACUUUCCAAAGACUAAUACAACUGCUACCAAAGCCGUGAUUAGCAAUUCAGUUACAACCACGACACAGUCACAGCAAACUACAGAAAUUGGAAGCAGUUCAGUGUCUCAUGUUAUUAUACUUCCUCCCAACCAAACUAUCAACUACAGCAGCCCCAUGCUAACUGUGGUUUCACCUGUUGUCUGUACAACUGCAGCUAAUUCUUCUCCACCUCCGUUAACGCACACAUUACAUAAAACCAUACCGGUUGCACCUAAUGUAGUAGCGUCUCAGAAUUAUAUUCCACAAAGUGAAGAAAGAGGUGAUAAUUCCGUUAAUACUAACGCAGACGCAAAUAAUACACUUAUCCAGCCAGUAACGGCUACAAGAGAGUCAAAUCAGAGACCAGAUACAGAGAAUAAUACUAAUCCUACUGUUGAACCAGCACAAGAUGAUGAAUUUACUGUCCUUAAUGGUUUAUUACCUGAAACUGUUAGUAGGGCAGUAAGCGAUUUACUCCUAAGAGCUCCACCCAAAUUAAAACCUAGACCUCCAGGGCCAUUAAGCACAAUAUUUGAUGAAGGGAUACCUAGCUCUGCCGGAAACGUUACUGCCAAAAUUAACGCUGUGGCAUAUAGACUGGGAGAUUACUUCCGAGGUAUGUUAAUAGAGACCCUUGAAGACCUCGGCAAGUCUGCCACUCCUGAAGCUAAAAUAACAAGUCUGCAAAUGGAAAUUGAAGCUUUAAAACAUCGUCACAGCGUGGAAAUGGCAGAGAUACGAAAAAAUGUUUGUACAAUCCUUAAAGAUAUACAAAAAAGUAUAAUUGAAGAUAGAGAACGUAUUAUCGAUGAAACCAGAGCUGCUUGCGAAGCUGAGACGAUUAAAAGAGUUGAAUUGUCUAAAUCCAAACAAUGGUGUGCUAAUUGUUCUAAGGAAGCACAGUUUUACUGCUGUUGGAAUACAAGUUAUUGUGAUUAUCCCUGCCAACAGAAGCAUUGGCCGCAACAUGUGGGCAAAUGUACACAAAACAUAGAAAAGGGUAAUAAUAUUUCAGCACCUCCCAAUCGUCCUUCAGGACAGCAGUUAAUCUUAAGACCUGCGGCACCUCCAAAACCUGGGAUGGGGAGAAUUGUUGCCAAACCUACCAAAGUGUACAUGAAUAGAAAUGCGGGAACACCUAAAACAUUUAAGCAGACUCUGACAACAACAGGAAAUCAUUUGACUGUAAUAGAAACAACACCAGGAAACUAUGAAUUAGUUGGAAACGGACCCAUAACUGUAUCUGGUAAACUGUUAGCAACUAGUUCCGGGAUAUUUCAUCCAAAAUUUAAAACAGCUAAUGUAGUGACAGUAGCUUCCCCUUCAUCUAGUGGAAAUACAGACCAAAGGAAUAUUCAAAGGAUUAACACUAGUUCUGAACCAACCAAUCCUGCCACAUCCACAGCUAGCUCAUCUGUUACCACCGUAGUAGAUGACGAUUCUGAUUAGUUUUCUUAAAUUAAACUACAAAAAUUCUAACUUGUCAUAUAUUAUAUUGUUGAAACAGUAAGUGCAUACAAGUUUUUGAACUCUCAUGUUUUACAGAUUUAAAACUUUAUUUUUAUAUAUUUUUUUUAUAUAUAAAAUUUCGAGUGUAAAAAAUAACGAAUUCAAGCAGUUCAUCUAAACCCACAAAGAGAUUGAUUACAAAAUAUUUUGAUAAUACAAAAACUUUAAAAAAGUAAACUUUAUUCAAAGUGAAUCAAAUUUAACCACAAAAAAAAAGAGAUUUUCCUGAUAAACUAUGGUAAUGCUUUAUAAUGUUUUCUGUGUACAGCACUGUAUUGGUUUGAAUUCAAGAUCUUGUUUUUUGUAAUAUUUUUGUUGUGCAUGGGCAACUGCACAAUUUGAAGUACCUUUAUUAUUUUUUUUAUAAUACAAGGGUGUAGGUAUGAAUGUUUUUAUCUCAACUUUUAUGUAAAGAAGGCAUACUAGUUUGAAGUCUCAAAAAUGGACAAAUGUGAAAUAGUGAAAAUGUUAUUUUUUUAUUUAAUUUAUUGGCAUUGUUUGAAGGUUUUAAGAGUUUCUAACAAUGCAGGCAACUGGCUUUGUGUUUUCAUUUGAUCCGUACUUUUUGUGUCACUGUAAAUGUGCAACCUGAACUUUUAGUUUAUUUUCUUCUAAACUACAUUUUUCAUACUUCACACUAAUUUGUAUUAUUUUAGGGAUUAAACUACGAUUGCGUCAGUGGCACAAAAAAGGGUCAUUCCUCAAUAUCUACACUUUUAUAAUAUAGAAUAUAUUGAAGCAGCAUCAAAUUAUGCAGUUCAUGUAGCAACCAAACCAAAUUUUUCUUCAAGAAGUACUAAUAAAAAAAUAAAAUCCCAUUCAAAUUUAUUUGAAUAACAUAUUAGAUGUUCUAACUUUUUAUCAAACUGGCUACUUUUAUAUAUAUUUUUCUAAACUAAAUUAUUACACAAUGUUAGAGAACUAUAAGGAAGACAUAUUAAUAUUUUACAAUAAUUAAUCUAAAGUAAAUUUUCAGAAUAAAUAGUAUUCUCUCUCUGAAUUUGUGUUAAAAUUUACAUACAAAUAUUUUGACAUGUCCCCACGCUAAGGUUUUUUUUUCUGUGUGAUAUACGUAUACAAAUUUAUGUAUAAAUAUUGGAUAAAUUUUAACUAGUUGCACUGAGCCAAACAAAUUUGUUUCUUUAUUGUGCAGCUAAAUUUCUACAAUGUAAUAAAAUGGAAUGUAUUCAUUUAUUGUAUAUAGUUGUAUAUUUUCAUAUGUUUAUCGUUGAUCUGAUUUUUUUUAAUUUGAACAUUUAUUGAAAAAUGUAAAUGUUUGGUAUUUUAAUGUUUAAACUGACAUUUUCAAUUUUUUUUUAAUAUAUAUAUAUGUAUUAGUGUAUAUUACAAUUAAGGUACAUAUUAGCUUUCGUUAGAAAAUAUUUCAUGUUUAGUUUAAAUAAAAACCGUUUUAUAUUUGUA